AUGUCUUUAUACUCUUCACCUCCAUCGGCAGUGCCGUUUAGCGAAGCUAAGCCAACAUUGCUAGUAAGCUGGUGGAUUACUAUUUUCUGUACCUGUUUAAUCCUAUUACGACUCGCUGGGCGCUACAUCCGUGUUGAGAAGCUGUUCCUCGAAGACCAGAUCGCCGCACUCGCCCUCGUCCCUUUAUAUGUACGCAUGGCUUGUGUUCAUAUUGUUUUGGUCUUUGGAACAAAUAACGCACGAUUGGACGGUCUUGAUCCUCAAUCAGAUGAAGCGCAACAUCGUAUUCUUGGUAGCCGCAUGGUACUGGCAUCAAGAAUCUUCUACGCCGGAACUUUAUGGACUUUGAAAUUCACAACGCUCGAAUUCCUCAAUCGAUUAGCUGGCGCAUCGAUGAAGAAAGUCUACCUGCGACAGAUCUUCUUCCUCCGCUACGCUCUCGUCGCGUCAUUUAUUGCCGUCAUCAUUAGCGACUUGGCCGAAUGCCAGCCCAUCGGGAAGCUAUGGCAAGUUUUGCCAGAUCCCGGACCUCAGUGCAGGCAGGGAUUUGCUCAGUUGCUCACCAUGGGAAUUUCCAGCGCCAUUAUCGAUGUCAUCCUUAUUGCGUUUCCGGUUCCCAUCGUGUUAUCUACCAGAAUACCUACCAAACGCAAGUUUUUGCUCGUCUUACUUUUUUUCUUUGGCUUUGUCACGGUUGCUAUUACGGUAUAUCGUAUACCAAACAUAAUUCAGCGCCAAGGAGACCAAGUAUAUCGAUCUAUGUGGGCAUCGAUCGAGCUGUUCGCGGCCACUAUUGUCGCAAACCUGGUGGCACUCGGCUCGUUUCUCAGAGAUAGCGGAGCGAAGAAACAGAAAUUCCGCCAUGACUAUGGUAGCAGCGGAAAUACUUCAUCCCAUAGGCAUGGGCCUAUUCUAACGGGGGAGUGGGAUGAUAGCAAGGGAAACGGCAAGAGCCAAUACAGCGACUGGAAUGAUCGCACCGUGGCUUCAGAGCUGCUUGCUUCAAAAGACGUGGAGAGCAACUCACACAGCUCAUCACCCGGUGCAGAUAGAGGCCACAGCCCGACAGAAAGUCAGCACUCUCUCCUGCAUCGUCAUUCGAUCAACACAACUGCUACGCAAGGGCAAACCCCUGGCGAUGGGGAUGGGGCACACCAGAGCCUUACGACUCCGGGCCGCGUGUUAGUGGCAGGCCGGUCUGGCCUCCACCGCCGAUGA